AAAACAAUUCAUGUCAAAGCACUAAACAUUAAAAAAAUUGAUUAAAAAAUCAUUAGUCCUUGGAAAGUGGAAGAUUUCUACAGAAGAGGACGUCUAGAGAUUGGAAUGAUCUUCACCUCACUCUCUCUCUAAUCCAAUACAUACAUUUUUUUUUUGGUGUUUAACAGUAAAAAUUAUACCUUCAGUUCAAAAAAGAGAAACUUUUAUCAUCAAAUAUCAUCAUCAACUUCAAAAUCCCAGGUGGGUUUGGUGGAGACUCUGUGUCUGUUAUGAUUUUGACUUGAACAAUCACUUCCUGUUUGGUUUAGGUAGGGGUUCUUGCUAAUUUGCUGGAAGGGGAGUAAGGGGCGAAAGGAUAAUGGUGAUGUAUGGGGAGUAGAGGGGGUCUGGAAGAUGAGAAGGAAGCCAACGGGAUGCUGAGCUUUGAUCCUAAAUUACCCAUUUCAAAUGCACCUGGCAUAGAAGGAAGCGCAAUCCAUUCAUAUCGUGUCUGUGAUUUUGGGACAUUUAAGCGCUCUGUUGCAUUUCACUUAGAGGAUGCUGUUGAACUGAGUUCAAAUACAGUGUUCAAUCCAGUAAAAGUUAGUAGCCAAGCAGUCUCUUCUGAUCCCCUCCAUAUUGGCCCUUUCAAUAAGUCAAAUACUUCUUUUAAUAUCAAUCCAUCUGCUGCUCAAGUGGAAUCUCAGAGAUUGUCAUUAGAAAAGAAUCAACAAUUGAACCUGGUUUCUAUAUCUGGUGGUAAUACAGAGAACUGGGGAGAGUCCAACAUGGCUGAUGCCAGUCCUAGGACUGAUAUCUCAACAGAUGCCGAUACUGAUGAUAAAAAUCAGAGGUUUGAUAGAGGUCAAUCAACUGCUAUUGCAGCUUCAGAUUCCAGUGACAGAUCGAAGGAUAAAAUGGAUCAGAAGACUCUUCGUAGACUUGCCCAAAAUAGAGAAGCUGCAAGAAAAAGCCGCUUGAGGAAGAAAGCUUAUGUCCAGCAACUAGAAAGUAGUCGCUUGAAGCUGACCCAACUGGAGCAGGAGCUCCAGCGAGCUCGACAGCAGGGAAUCUUUAUAUCAAGCUCAGGAGAUCAAGCCCAUUCAAUGAGCGGAAAUGGAGCAAUGGCAUUUGAUGUGGAAUAUGCAAGGUGGCUAGAGGAGCAAAAUAGACAAAUCAAUGAGUUGAGAUCAGCUGUCAAUUCCCAUGCGGGUGACGCCGAACUUCGAAUUAUCAUAGAUGGUAUAAUGGCUCAUUAUGAUGAAAUUUUCAGGCUGAAGAGCAAUGCAGCCAAGGCUGAUGUUUUCCAUUUGCUGUCUGGCAUGUGGAAGACACCUGCUGAGAGGUGUUUCUUGUGGCUUGGUGGCUUCCGUUCAUCAGAGCUUCUGAAGCUUCUUGUGAAUCAAUUGGAGCCCUUGACUGAGCAGCAGUUGGUGGGCAUAGGUAAUUUGCAGCAAUCUUCCCAACAGGCAGAAGAUGCUUUAUCUCAAGGAAUGGAGGCAUUGCAGCAGUCUCUGGCUGAGACAUUAUCUAGUGGAUCCCUUGGUUCAUCCGGUUCAUCUGGAAAUGUGGCAAAUUACAUGGGUCAGAUGGCCAUGGCCAUGGGCAAGCUAGGGACUCUCGAGGGGUUCAUUCGUCAGGCUGAUAAUCUGCGGCAGCAAACGCUACAACAAAUGCACCGCAUAUUGACAACCCGCCAGUCAGCUCGUGCUCUUCUUGCUAUCCAUGAUUACUUUUCCAGAUUACGUGCUCUCAGUUCCCUUUGGCUUGCUCGACCGAGAGAGUGAGCUCUGCAGCGGAGUCAUGCAUUUGCAGGAAAAAAUCUUGGGUGAUAUUCCAGGUCCAGCAAUCAUUCAUGGUUUCUAAUGUCUAAAGUAUAUUUUUUUCCCCCAUCCUUUCUCAUGCUGUAGUUUCAGUUGGUGUAUCAUGGGAACUAAUCUGUAUCAGCAACAGUAGUCAUCCAUCUUACUGGCACAAAAAUUGACCGCUCCAGAAACAUAUAUAAAUACAUAUAUCAAUGUUAAUUAUUUAUGUUCAUAGUAUCAUCUUUUAAUUAUCCACAUUGUGAUGGGAAUUUUAAAAUUGACUGUCCUUGUAAUUCGACAUUUUUGUAAUGAAUUUGAAAUUUGGGACACAAA